UGUUAGGGAGGGCGGGCCGCAGGAGCACAAUGACUUUUCAGAUAGUAAACUAGUAAUGCGAUGAGGACUGACCAAAGCAGAACAAUGACAUGCGAGUGCCUCAAGCGCGGCAUAUCCAGCAUUUCCACAAACUGACGUCGGUGACCUGCUUGAGCAUUUUGGAGAAAUUCUGCCGAGGUCCUGCAUCUGUUUGAGCAGUCAAACAUAGUAGCCCAAGUAACGGGCGAUCCAGGCGCAAGGGCGAGGCGAAGACAUUGGAUAGCAUCGUCGUCAGAUGCGCAAACCAGUGGGACAGGUUCCAAAAAAGCAGUGGCAAAGGAUGUCUAUUUAGGACUUUUUACGCAUUCACGCUUCCCCACUCCAGGCAACGGAAUUUAAAAUGAUGUCACUUAUAGAGUUGAACGAUGACCAGAGAUGGGUGCCUACACAUGUGAAUGUCACUGUCCUUCGUGCAAGGGGUUUGCGGACGAAGGGCAAGCACGGGAGCCGUUAUGUUUACACCAUCAUUCAGGUUGGGAAGGAGAAAUACACCACCGGUUUGGUCGAAAAGGCGACUGUGCCAGAGUGGAAUGAGGAAUGUUGUUUCGAACUUCUCCCCGGAAUACUGGAGGCUGGGGGUCGCAGUGCAUUUCCUUCGGGGAGCGGCGACUUGGUCCUCACCGUCAUGCACCGGGUGCUUAUCGGACUCGACGUGUUUCUUGGUCAAGCAAUCGUCCCCCUGGAUAAAAUAUUUCAAGAUGGAAUGUGUCCUAGAGAUGAAUGGCUCAAACUCAACUCCAAGGCCAGCCGGAAGGAGAAGGAGCGUGGCGAGAUACAGGUAACGGUCCAGUUCACGCGCAACAACAUGACAGCCAGCAUGUUUGACCUUACCAUGAAGGACAAGCCACGCUCUACCUUCGGCAAACUCAAGGACCGCGUGACGGGGAGGAAGAGGGGCGACAUGGAGUCCUCCUCGGCUAUUGUGCCGGGACGCUUCGCCGCCCUGUCGAGUUCCCUGGGGCAGCCAUUCGGGGAGGGGAGUGGAGGGGGAGAGGACCCCGGGGAGGUAGAGGUAGCCGAGGAGAAGCGGAGCAAGGUGAAGGAUUUUUUCCUGGGUAAGGGAAAGCUGCGGAGGUCUUCUGACACGAGGUCGUGUUCGUCGCUGGCCUCAGAAAGCAGUAUGUCAUCCACGACCAGUGAGAGCCCUUCUCUUGGUCUAGGCCUCCUGGUGGACCCCCCCAGCUCCCCCAUCUACAGCAGCAAGGUCAAAGACACCCACCACGGAGAUACAGACCAAGCUAAAAAAGUGCUUACCACCACACAGUCUUCCCCAAAGAUACUGACCCACAAGCGAGCCUUCAGCGACGAGGCGAGUAGGAUCACCACGACUGCCAUUCCCCGGCCCUGUCCUGCUGUGGCGUCCCUAAAGGGUCAAGGUAUGACUCUCUCCCAAUCCUCUCUGUGCAUCAACGGAAGCCACGUCUAUGGAUCUGAACCGGUGGGUCCCAAGGGCUCAAGCACCCUUCCAUCCAAGCUGGUCCUGCUCGAGAAGUGCUCCCCUCUCUCUCGUUCGCUGCAGAACCUCACAAAGCGGAGCGAGGACAAGGGUUCCGCUGGCGAGGGUCGGCGCUGGUCCUUCGACAAGGUAAAGAAAGACGAGAAGGAUGAGGAGAAGGAGGCCGAACCUCCAGUCUCCCAGUUUCAAAGUGCUCGAGUGGGGGGUCGGCCGGUGCAGGCAGCAGCCCCGAUGCUGUCUUCUACUACCACGGUGGACUCAGCAGACAAAGGGAAGAAGCUCAGAAAAACGUUAUUCUCCGGAGGGAGGAGUGAUUCUCUACCUGCCAAGUCCGAGCUGAGCCAGGGUUCUCCUCCCCCUGAGGGGAGACUGCGAGGCUGGUUUGGCUCCAGUGACUCCCAGAACAAGCCAAGGCUGGAAGUUUCUCCUAAGGUAGAAAGCGAAUCAGACAUCCCUCCUCCUCUCCCCCCUCGCUCCCUCAUUCCCCUCCAGUGCUCGUCUCCCUCUGCUUCUUUCACUGGACAUUCCUCGCCCGACAGUCCCCAUCCAACUAACCCCUUCACUCCCUCUCCCUCUCCCUCUCUGACCCCUGACCCCAUCUCUCCAUUCAACCCCUUCCUCCCGCGUAUGCAGUGUAACCCCUUUUUUGAGGACCUCAUUGCAGAAGAGGGCCAGAGGUCCCCCCCUCUUGGUACCUGCUCCCCCGUCACACCCCUCUGUCAUUCCACAGCUUUGCCUUGCGUCCCCAGUCCCACCCACGAUCCCGCCGUGCAAAUUGAAAUGGCCGCCAUAUGGCGAGACCGGCCCAGGCCUGUAGCCAGGCAAACGUCCCUCCCUGCCUUACUUCCGACACCAGCGACGGCUAGCCCCCCCAAUCCGUUUACGUCUCGCUCCAUAUCAGAGAGUGGGGGAGGAGAAUGGGAUGAGUCCUUUGAUGCCUUUGCCUCCAGCAGACUGAAUUCGCCAAAGGGCUCUCCUAACAAUCACCCUUUAAUAGUAACCUCAAGGCAAGCCCAAGUAAGAAGCACUCCUCCAUAUGAGAGUUACACUAUUCCACCCAUUGAGGAGAUGAGGAUGAGUGAAGAAGAAGAGCCUCCACCAUUGCCUCCACGGAGGCCCAUAAUACGGACUCUGGUGAACGGGAGACCCUCUGACAGCUGGUUGCACAGGGGUCAGGAACUGGCGGUGCAGAAAGAGGCCUGUCUCCUGUCACAAACAGGUGCAGCUUCCCUACAGCACACAAGAGAAUGGGGGCACAAGAGACACACACCAAGUCCCCACCUGUACCCAAGCCCAGGCAAAGACCUUGUCAGUAGUGACCUGUUGGACUUUCAUACCGUACACUCACAACAUUAUGCCAACAUGUCUCCAUCUCCAUUCAAGUCUGAAGAUGAGUUCAAGAAGUUUGACUAUGAACCAUUACGAGAUGAAGAUGAUAAAAUUAUAUUUACUGAGCAGGACCUAUGGCCAGAUGCAACAGAUUCAAUAAUAUCGUUGGCUUCAGAGGAUAGGACGGACGCCAGUCCCACUGUAAGAAAAUAUGCUAUUGUAAAGAACACUUCACAUUCUGAACUCAAAGACUUAUCUCUGCCAGUAAUGCUUCUUAAUAGUGAAAGGACUGUUGCCGAUCUACUGACUAAGUCUUCCCCAAAACACUCUAAAUCAGGUCUUAAGACACUAGACAUUGCUUCAACUCCACCAGACCCAACAACGGACUCGUUCUCAAUUCACCCAGAUAAGCCCAACAAAUCCAGGAACAACAAUUAUGAAUCACCUCCGCUAACCUUAGAAGACCUUAAUAAAAACAAAAGUAACUCAGAUUUUUGUUUUAUUGACUCUGCUUCUGAUGCUUCCCCAUCUCCAUCUGACAUGAUGACAGUGCAUACCCUCAAAAGUUUAGGUGGCAUUUGUCCUCAACCUCCACAAGAUACUCCCAUAGCAUUAUCUCAUGAGCAGAUGAUGCUAUAUGCAGAAGAUAUGUUAAUUUUUCAGAAGACUAGUACUAUAGACGUCAACUCUGCUGUAAAACUGAACUUACCAGAAGUCUCCUCGCUUUGUCAAGACAAUUGUCAAGAUGGAGGAUGUGAAUUGAAUACAUCACGCAGAGAUUCUGCAAGCAAUAUGAAGAGCAUUAGCAUUUUUACGCCUGACAGUCUUAACAUAGAGAGAGAGACUGUAGAAUUAAAAGACACUCAAUCUCCAAUGGAUAGAAAUGGCAACAUUACAAAAUCAAAGAUAGACAGUUCAAAACUAGACCCUUUAUGUCAUGUUAGAUCUUUUCCAGUUUCGUCCCACGUGGAAAUGCAACAGGAAGUUGUAUGCAAUAAACAGGAAGUGAGUCAGCCUCUGGCCAAACAAACCAAUCCUGUCAAUGAGUCUUCACCAAGGGGCACUAGUUCUCACAGAAGUCUCAAGGGAAUGAUACGAGAGCUCCACGGCAAAAGUGGUGCAAAUAGCCCUGGCAAAGGAUUAGGUGAGAGCCCUCUUCACCAAUCACCGUCACCUGGGCAAAUAAUCUUAGAGAGCAUUGAAGGACCGUUCUCAUAUCAACCCACCAAAUCUCCUUUUUCCUCACCUUUGUCACCGAAUAGAGAGACAACGCUCAAGGCAGCGUUAUUUUUGUCCUCGCAAAAAAUACACUCAAAUAGUUCCACUCAGUCAAUUCCAAAAGAAAACUGCUUAACGGAACAUUCCUCAUCCAAAUAUGCUGGGGCGAUCAGCUUUGAAGACCUCCACGCCAAAGUAGCCCCAAACGUGAGAAGCCCCAUGAGUGCCAGGUUAAGGCCUGGCACCACAGUGCAUACUUCCAACCCCUGUGCUUCCAACCCCUCCUCUGCUACCCCCUUCCUGGCAACUGAAACUAAUGGCCAGGCUAAGCUGCCCCCCACCCUUGUCCCCCCCUCCAUACAUCACCCCCCGACCGUGAGGCCCAGUACCGGAGCCAGUGCCACCUUGGCUGUGGCCCCCUACACCUCUUCCUCCUUCUCCUCCUCUUCCUCCUACACCACUGCCCAGCCCUUGGUCGAUGCACGGCACACACUUUUGCCUGAGGAGACACAGCCAGCUAGCAGCCUGCCCCGACAGGAGAGCAGCCCCCACCCAGUGAAGCCCUUGACCACCACAGCCAGUCAGGGGGAGAAGAAAGAGGGCCGGUCAGUUCUGGAGAAGCUCAAGUCUUCCAUCCACCCAGGCCGCUCUGCCCAGCAGACACUGGCCGUGGCUGAGACUGAGAAGAAGAUUGAGGAAUCGUUAGCAGACAGCUCUGCCCAGUACGAGCAGCUGACAAACAUGGAGCUGAUUUCCCUUCUGCUGCAGCAGGAGAUGGAUAUGGAGAAGCAGCAGGUGGCCUCCGACCAGCAGGCGGUGAUGCUGGAGAAACACGAGGCGGAGCUGAAGAAGAUCAAGGCACAGGUGCGCGACCUAGAGGACUACAUCGACAAACUGCUGGUGCAGAUCAUGGAGCAGACACCCACACUCCUCCAAGUGCGCUCCCGGCACAAGUGACCACUAGUGCUAGUGUGUGCACAUAUAAUCAGUAUAAUAUAGGGCCAUGGUCACCAUCAAACCCUGGUCCUGGAGAGCUCCUAGGAUGAGCAGACAAUUGUUCCAGCUCAGUCCCUAUAAUAGUGCAUUUAACUAGAUUUGGUGGUCAGUUGUUUAGCCAAUCAGGUCUUAUAGUGCAGGGCAUGAAACAAAAGCCUGCACAUCCAAGUAGUUCUUGCGGACCAGGGUUGGUUACCAAUGUUCCAGGGUCAGGUGUAGUCCAACACAUCCCUAAGCAAAUACUAAAUCUCACAACCAUCCAGGUUUCACUGCUGAUACCCUGCCCUGUUGAUAUAUACACAAUAUUACCCAUGUGCAUGCUUGCUAUUGCUUUACACUCACUACUUAGGAUAAGGAGAGUGACUGCUUUUAUCAAAUGUACUGCAAGAAUUCUUAGAAAUGUGCAUUGAUGAAGAAUAUAGAAAAUGUCUUCCUAUUCAUAAAGUGAACAGUAAAUGUAAUAUUCAGUGGUAUAAAUUGUUCUUACGUGAUAUGACAUUGCAUAAAAUUCAGAAAACAUUGAAGUGUUUAAAUUAGUAUAAUAAUGACCCAAAUUGUCAUCAUCGCGGUAAAUACUGUCAUUAUUUGGCAUACGACUCAAAAACAGACUGACCCGAGGAGAAUUCCACUGAACUUAAAUUUGUUUACAUGGAGAAAUGUGAGCUUCAGCUAGUGUCAUAUUGUGUAAAUUAUUAUAAAAAAUAUAUCAAAAUGAAAAUGCCUGAAGACAGAUGUCUUAAAUAGACUGCUUUGAAGGAAAUUCCGGCUGAACUCAAAUUUGUUAAGGUGGAGAAAUAUUAACUUGAGCUAGUG